CACUGUCUGUCCACCUUAAAGCAUUUAUUAUUUAGUUAGGUAUCUUGUUCUGUUAACUGGUCGGUGACGAAUUAUGAAGCACACAUUAAUUUUGUAAUAUUUUCUGUGUACAGGAGGUAAGAAGAAAAGAAACAAGGUCUAAUAUUUAGAAAAUUAUUUGGUCCGAUAUUAUUUUUGUAAGGUAUUAAUCAUUAAGUAUUAAGUAUCUAUUCACUUUUACAUAUUAAUUAUUAAAAUACACAUAAUAGUGCAGACAUCCUGAGACGUUGAGUCCAUUGAUUUGAGACAUGGUAGACUAAAACUAUAAUAUAACACACGCGUUUUAAGCGUUUUACUAUAUUUCAUUUGAGCGAGCAGUGACACUAAUGACUUGUGAUUUCCUACUCGCCUACUCAAGUACUUGGUAACUGUCAAAACUGACUCAGUGACAGAGUUUCACUGAGUAAAGUUUAGUAUUAAUAUUAGUAUUAAUAGGAGUAUUUUUAUUUUAAAUAUUGAUGAUAAAUAAUAAAUUAAUAGGCUAAGUAUUAAAUAUCAUUUUAUCAUUUUUACAUGGAGUCAUGGACAUCAUCUUAGUUUUAGUCUGUAGGCUAGGUUAUUAAAUAUUUGUUUUUUUAAUUAAAAAUUAAAUUAUGUAAAUUAAUUCAUCAGGAAGUAAGUAGCCUUUGCUUUGGGCUGGCAAAUGGGUACCUCAAAACAUUAACUUGCCUUAUCUUAAUCUUACAGUAUAUAUUUAUUAUUGCACUGAAUCCCUAGAUACAUCUUUACUCUGCUCAAUAUGCUUCCUUAAAAAUAUAAAUAAUAAAUACAAAUGCCAUUAAUGGUUUUUUGUUGUGGUUUUCUUGUUGUUUUUUUCUAGAAAAUGAUGGAGGGUGGGGUGGCAUGGUGGCCUAUAUUAUAGUUAUUAUAUACAAGAUGUGACACAUGAUUAUGAUGCAGUGGAUAAUAAAUUCUCUGGUCUUAUUUCAUAUUGAGGGAGUUUUAGGUCUUCCGCUUCCAAUGCAUGAUUAAUAAAAAUAAUUAAUUGUAAAUGGCUUUUUUGAUGGUUACCGGAAAUUAGUUGUUGGAAAGAAAUUUGGUAGAUGGAAAAUAGAUAGACGGAAAUUUGAUGGAACUGAAGUUUGGUGGAAUUUUUUUUUUUCAGUUCACACGAUCAAAUUUUCGUCAAAUUUCUUUUUGAACUCACUAUACUUUAUAAUAAAACAAAAUAAUACGUUCAAAAAGAAAAGUAUUAUUUCUUUUUCUUUGUAAAAAAUGAGCAGCAACUCAUAAUUAUAUCCUUUAUAUUAAGAUUCACUAUUUUUCACUUCUUUUUUUCUGGGUUUGUGGCAAAUAAGCAGCAAUAGUUGUAUUUUUUAAAUCCUUUAUAUUAACUUCACUUUUGCUCAUGUGGCAAAAUCUUCGGAAGACCAAUUGAUCCACUUCCAGUCAACCUAUCAAGCUGUAACUUGGCACAUAUGCUCGCUGCCGAUGGCUACACAAUCUUUAAAAUUUUCAGCCUUUUCCCCCCCACCCCCAACCCCCAAAAAUCAUGUUUACCUGUUUUUCAAGGGGAAGUUGAAGGAAAUAUAAUGCCACUGAUUUCAUUAAUUAAAAUUCCAGAUAACUGCACUAAACCAUAUUCUUAAAAAUAUUGUAGUUUGGUGUGUAAUAUUUUAAGGAAAUAGUUGGUGUAAUAAAUCAGCGAUGUAAAAGUGUGUGGGACUUGAGAAUAUUAAAUAGUUCUGGGUGUUACGCACUGGCUUCUAUUGUGAGAAAUGAAUUUCUUGUUUUAAGUUAUGGCUCGUUCACUCAGUGCACAACAAAGGACGAUACCUUAGAGAAAUACAAUUAUAAAGAUAUGACACGCAAAACAAUACCAAUUACAAUUAAUAAGAUUUAAUUCAGUAAUAAUACAAUUACAAAACAAAAUAAAAUAUAAUUACAAAUCAUCAACUUAUAGAGUAUGGGAAAAUGUUAUACCGGUACACAAUUAGUAAAAUGUGCCAAUUAAUAAUGAUGAAUGCGAAUAAACACAUAUGAGCACACAAAGAAUAAUACAAUUGUCUCGUAAAGUUAAUAAUAUCUAUCUGAAUCUCUCUCUGUCUCUGUGUCUGUCAAUCUCUUUAUAUAUGCAGCAUAAGCCCUGCCUUCCAGAAACUACUCAGCAUUUGCUUAAGUUUCUCGGCAAAUCAAGAACCUUCGACAAGAUACUAGGAGACAGACUAACCAUGUUUUAUUGGUAGUCUGUAGUAAACAUGAUACAUCAAACGAACAGGCCACGCCCAUCUAUGCUGGGAAUCUCAUUUGGGGUCAAGCAAAGUUUACGCACGUGGAAAAAGUCUCAUACAUAAAAAGGGGCAUGAAAAAAAUAAGAGGUGCAAGCGUUGUGGUGGCAGGGCUAAUUGGGAUUCUUAAAAAGAUUGUUUAAAGAAUGCAUGUUUUGUCGAAUUUUCAGCUCCACUCCCCAUAGCUUGAUAUUAGAUUUUAUAAGGAUUUAUAUGAAAAACUUUGUUUUUAAGGGUUGAAUUAAAUUUGAAUUACACUGGGUAACUGACUUAUUUAGCUGAACCAUGUCCAACCCUUUCUAAUUAAACUAUAUAUUUUCCCUUCUGCCUCUAAUAGUAUUAUAUAAAUUAUUUUUUAUGCGUCAAAUGCAAAAAUGCAUUUUAAAAAUUUAAUGGAACUGCUUCAGCUUAGAGAAGAACCUGAUGUUUUUACAAAAUAUAAUAUUAUCUUGUGACUUUUUUAAAAGGAUUUUUCAAAUAUGAAACACUGAUUACUAUCCAAAAAAACAUCGCUUUGAUACAUAAACUUGUAAUUUUAGCUGUUUGACUAAGCUUUUUAUUUUAAUCUUGGUAAAGCUCUUCUGCAGUUCCUUAAUUCUGCAUAAAUUCAGAAACACAUGAUAAAUAUUCAUUUUUUAACCCAUUAAAUGAACUAGUAGAUUAAAGAAAAUAAAAACAUGUUUCUCCCUCUCUCCUCCCAAAACCAUCAGGUUAAGCUAAAAGGAUGUCUUCUGCUCCUCAAGUCAGGGUUCUUGCUCUUAAUCACAAGGAAAAUAGCCAAUACAAACUCUACCGACUUGAGAAAGGUGAGUACAACAAAAAAAUGUAAAAAUAGAUUGGUGAUUAUUAAAAUAAUACAAAUUUAAAAAAAGAAAAUUAAAUGUUAAUGACACUACCAACUGUGUCAGAAAGCUGUUUUUAUAUCAAAUUAAUACACAUUUUUAUUGAGUCAAUGAAUGAUGGAGAUUAUGCUACUGGUUCUUCUAGAAAAUGGAUGGAAGUCCGUAAAGAGUAUAGGCCUUUAUUUUAUCAGCUUUUUAAUAAAUUGCUAUCUCACUUUGAUGGCUCUCAUGAGGGAUUUGUUUUUUCUUCUUCUUUAACAUCAUUCCUGUCAUACUGAUGGGGUUAUGCAUGAAACCCCUUAUCCCCAACACAUGGAUCCCAACCCCGAGUUGGGCUGCAGCGGUUUUUCUGUGGGGCUGCAGGAUUUUUUUUGGUGGGUUUGCAGGGGGUUUUCUGUGGGGCUGCAGGUUGUUUUCUUUGGGGUUGCAGGGGUUUUUCUUGGGUUUGCAGGGGUUUUUCUAUGGGGUUGCAGAGAGUUUUCACUGGGGUUGCCUGCUGAAAGGUUAUAAAUUAAUAGAAAAAAAAAAAUGACUUUUAGGUUUUCAUUUUUAAUCCAUGGCUUUCGAAACUUUGACUUAUUUCUUUUAAUUCCAUUUAAAACUUCUAUUCCCAGUUUGUUUUCUUUUACAGUAUUACUUUUUUUAAAAAGUAUGUUGGUGUCACGGGUCACUUUGCGUCUAUAAUAUGCAGUUGCGUGUCACUUUGUUUCUAUAAAAUGGGGUUGCAACUCAAAAAAAAAAAGGCUGGGAACCUGUACUUCAAAUAAUGACUGUGUUGGCCUUCUGCAGCGCUAAAACCAAAUAUAACCUGAAUAUCCUCAUUGAAGUAUAAAGAGUAAAGGUCAUGGAUUUUACUCAUGGUUUUGCUCCCAACAGAACAUGAUAAAGAAGGGUUAAUUUUCAACUUUCUUGCCAUUAAAAAAUGUUUUCUGACUAGCUUCAGAGAACAGUUGUGUAAUAAUAUAUAAACAAGCAUGUAUUCAGUUAAAUUUAAACAAACGUCCUUUCCAGUAAACAUUACUCUGAAGCAGUCAAUAACAUUUAUUCUGGAGUUAAUUGAAUGUUUUAGGAAGUCUUGUAAUCAAAAGUGCCAUUGGGAAACGAUAACCUACAUAAAGACACAUCAUGUAAAGUUGUGCACAUUUCUUUGAUUAAAACUGAGAUGUUGUUAAGUCAGUUAUUAACAACCCCAAGGAUAAUUGUUAGUCACUUUGACCUAGUAACCAAGAUAUGAAACCACCAAUUUUCCCUCAACAGGCCAAAUGUGGCUACAAAUCCAUGCCAUGCUUUAUUUUGUUUCAAGAACAGGGACAGGGAAGAGCAGUUCAUUUUGUUUUUUAUUAGAAAGUUUCUUCCCUUUGUUACCCCAAAGACACUGCAAGAAUAAACAUUUUUAAAUUACCACUUAAAAUUUAUAAUCAGAAUUAUGUGGGUAUUUUUACCUUUAAAAACAAAAAACAAAUGAGAGUUUUAAAAAGAAAAAUAUUUGGAGAUGUCACUUGGUUUGCUCAAACCCCUGUGUACAUUCAAGCUUACUUGGCAUUUUUGUUUGUUGCCUCUUGUUAAAAUAGGAGACUUAUCUUAAACUAAUCUAGGGUAAGGUAGACCAGAUUUAAUGCCCCCCCCUUAAACUAAUCUAGGGUAAGGUAGACCAGAUUUAAUGCCCCCCCCCCCCACCCACACCUGUUUCAUGGCCUUUAGGGUCAAGGCCCUGCUCCCACAAUGUGAAUCUGGUUAGUAACACAACUGUAACCUUAUGUGUGCUGACCUACUUGUCAUAGCUAUUACUGAAUAAGGUGGCUUUGUAUAGUAUGCAGUAAAAAGACUACUCUGCAGGCAGUGCUACGUUUUUUUUGUUUUUUUUUAUAAGGGAUUACAUAUAGGAUAAAAACAUAAUAAAAUAGAUACAAGCUCUUUUAUUGAUUUUUCAUGUGAGAAUAAAUUUGUUUUGUGAACUAGUACAGCAAUUGUAUAUUUGUGUUUGCAUGAGAAUGAAUCAUUUAUUUUCUGUUCUUGUAGUCAUAUAGGGCUAGUUCAGUACCAUAUGGCAUGCCACUGGUUAAGAGGGAGAAAAAAGAGAUGAAGAAAUGUAUUCCGGAGGCUUGAUUAAAAUCUUUUUUUGACAGGGGUAAAAAUAAUUGUUUGCCCUGUAGCGGAUUGGAAUCUAUAUUCUGUCACUGAACCAAGCAGUAGCAUACCCGAUAGCAUGCCCCGGUUUCAUCAUCAGCUAUGGGGAAUAUGGUUGGAAUUAACUUUUAUAGCCCAAUAUGUUAACUAUUUUUAGGGAGGAUGUUAACCUUGAAAAAAAAAAACAGCUGCAGUCAGCUUGGCAUGGAAAUGAAAAUUUUCUCUUUUAGGAAACAGAUGCAGAUAAGUUACAGGUUUCCCAGUAAAAAAUAUUAAAAAGAAGUGUACAUUACUUUUUUAAAAUCAUCAUCUUUAAAAAAAAAACAUUAAAAAAUUUAUUUUUUUAACUGUCUGAUAUUUUAUUUCAUUAUUUUUCAUUGCAAGCAUUGUUGCCCAGCAACAGGUGUCAGCAAACUCUUUUAACCAUUACCCGAAAAUAUAUUUUGUUAUUCUGAUGUUACACCACCCCCCCCCCCCACCCCCCAUUGACCAGAUGCAGUGUUGCCAGAAAAAAUAUUUUAUCAAACUCUUUUAACCAUUACCCGAAAAUAUAUUUUGUUAUUCUGAUUUUACACCCCCCCCCCCCCCCACCCCCCAUUGACCAGAUGCAGUGUUGCCAGAAAAAAUAUUUUAUAAAAAAGAAUGUACUUUAAACAAUUUUAUUUAUGUUUUUUUGAGGAUUCAUUUCCUCAAGGUUUCUAUUUUGACACCAUUUGGGGUAAUUUAAUCCGGUUCUCCGACCCUGCCCUACAAUAAUAAUUUUAUCUUUAACAUAUCAUUAUGUUUUAGUGGCCCCAGCAUUUUGCAUGCAGAUUUUUCUCCAAUAGAUUAUUAUAAAUAUUAAUUUUGUUAGAGAAGUUUCCAGUUACUAUACUCAUUAAGAAGGACAGCGGGCAAGUAAAGCGGGAGGGGGAGAGCAAGGAUAGAAGCUAAGCUAUUUAACUUUAGGCCCUACUUAAUUAAUAUUUGUAAAUGAUGCACUGAUAGUUGUGGCAUUGCCAAGCCCCAAUGAUUAAAAAACACCUGUGAAGAUUGUAUUGACCUGGGUAGGAAUUUUUGCUUUUGUACUUUUUCUUCAUUAAAUUUUUUUUUUUACUUGCGCUAAUUGGAUUUUAUUCUUCUGCUCAACAUAUUUGAGGUUAUUUUAUCAUGUGGUUUAGAUGACCAAUUUAGCAGACUUAUCUAACCAAACAUAAUAUUCUGCUAAUGUUUACUUGUUCUGAGCAAUAUUUCAGAUGUUUUAAUCCAGAGCACUGCCCUCUGCCACCCACUCCCCCACCACUUUUUUUUGCUCCACCUCCCACCAAAUUUUUUUUUUUUUUUUUUUAAGCGUUUUCAAUUUCUUUAAAACACCCCCUCAAAAUUUUUUCAUUUUUUCCCCCCCCCCCCCCCUCCUUUUUUUUUUCAUCCCAUACCCCAAUUCCCCAACCUUUUUUUUCUGGCAUAAGCCAGAAGAGAGACAACAGCUGACAUUGUUAACCAUAUUUGCACCUCUUUUCAAUUAAAUGACUUUUAAACAUAAAGCCUGUAUGACCCAUAUACAUUUAAUUAUGUAAAAUUACUGGGGUGUCAAUACAUUUUAAAGUAAAGGUUCAUUCGUUGGUUUCAUCAGACCACCCCAUUAUCAAAUAUAAUGCUUGAGGCUAGAGCCAAGGAGCGCCAGUUCUGUCUACACAGUUGCUUCCGUCUGAGUUGUCUUAGGUGUCAGGGUUUUAACAAACAGAUUCUUUUUUUAAUGAUCUUCACCAUUUUUAAAAAAAAGUGUUUUUCCUUGUUAAUCUAGGCCUAAAUUCAAACCUGUUUGUACAUUUCUGUAUGUGAUUAUUCUCUCAGGAUGGAUCUUGCGAUUUGUUCUGGGACCAAGUCUCAUGUCCUCCAAUGUCAGACUGUUCUGCAAUCACCCAGACAAUGUAAACACCCCUUUCCUGCGCACAAAGUACCGUGAAGUGCCAUGGAAAACUGUGACAGGCAUCAAAAGUGACAGAACCGACUUGACGGCAGAAGUGAAGAUGCUUAUUGCUGGCUCAUUUAACUUUUUUUUCACACUAGACAAUUCGUGAGUGCUCAAUGAUCAGUAACUAAAAAGCUGUCUUCUUUUAUGCCUGUCGUGUUGAUUUGUAUUUGUAAUGUUUUGAUACGACAAAGGUACCUUAAAGAUUUCAAGUAUUUAAAAUUGCCAAAGAUCGUUUUACAUGUGUUAAUUCUGAUUUAAAAUGUCUGUAUGUAAAAAAAAUCAAUGUGGCAAAAAAAAAAGAGUUUUUAAUCCAUUUUUUACCCAGUUUUUUCCUUCCAUUACACUCACCUCACUUGAAAGUUUCACAUAGUUUUUCAUAUCUUUUGUUAAUACACCAGAACCACUGUUGAAAAGGCAAAUGGCUCUGGAUAUUUCCUGGUUGACCCCACUUUGAAACAUGGAAAGAAUCAAGAGGAAAUAACUAUGGAUGCUAUCAUCUGCCAGAGUGUUAUUACCAAACUGCUGGGCCCCUUCAAGGAUUGGGUACCUAGAUUACAGGUAAGCUAUUGAUUGUUAAUUUUUUUUUUUUUUAAAGUAAGUAGCACGAAUUUGAUAAGCAAUUUUUUUUUAGGUUACAGAUAAGGUAGAAACACAUUUGUUAAUUAAAACAAGCAAAAUAACCAUUAAAAUCUAGUUUAGCUUUUAAUUAUGAUUAUAUUUUCCUAGUAAAAAAAUUAAAAUAAGUAAAUACAACUACGUUAGCUUAAUUGAGGUGUUGUAAAGUAUUUAUAUUGGUGGAAAUAGGGUGCAGCCUACAAUUACAAAAAUUAAACACAUUUAAUUUUUAUUUGCAAUGAUUUCCUCUAAACUGCAAAUCUUUUAAGAAAUUUUAUGUUAGUAUUUUAAAAAUAAAUACCCUUUAAAUAAGUUAUACAGCUUUCAAAAGAUGAUUUGGGUUUUGAAUAAUUACAUUCGUCACUUUGGUUAUUUUUUAAAUGGAUCAACUAUUUUGUGCUUGUGUUGAACUUUCAAGUAAAUAUUUAUUUUACCACAAGAAAUAAAUAGCCAAACAAUGGUGGUGGCGAUGCGUGAACUUCCCAAUCUAUUAAAAUUACAAGACAAAACAUGCAUUUAAGUAACGCACCUUAUAAGAAUCUUAAUUAGGGCUAACUUCUGGGAAUUUUAUUUUCUGCGCUUACUAAACACAGCAUUACAGCCAUACAUGCAUACAAAGAGAUUUGUUAUUUGUGAUUAGGUGGCUUAUGAGAGUGGUUACAACAUGGUCCACUUCACACCCGUCCAAGAGCUGGGCAUCUCCAACUCUGCCUACUCCAUAAGAGAUCAGCUCAAGUUCAGCCCAGUCUACAGUGAUGGAGGCAAGCAGUACGACUACACAGAUCUGGAGAAACUGGUGGCGUUCAUGAACAACGAUUGGGGGGUAUGUAAUCAAUGAAUGGUGCAGGGCAAGCAGUAUGACUACAUGGAUCUGUAGAAACUGGUGGCAUUCAUGAACAAUGAAUUGGGGGGGGUAUGUAAUCAAUGAGUGGGGGUAUGUUAUCAAUGAAUGGUUGAGGGCAAGUAGUAUGACUACACGGACCUGGAGAAACUGGUGGCAUUCAUGAACAAUGAAUGUGGGUGGUGGAGGGCAAGCAGUAUGACUACAUGGACCUGUAGAAACUGGUGGCGUUCAUGAACAAUGAAAGGGGGGGGGUUAUGUUAUCAAUGAAUGGUGGAGGGCAAGCAGUAUGACUACACGGACCUGGAGAAACUGGUGGCAUUCAUGAACAAUAAAUAAUCAAUGUAAUCAAUGAUUGGUGGGAGGGGGGUGAAAAAUGAAUGGGGGGUAAGUAAUCAAUGAAUGCGGGGGGGAGGGUGUGUGAACAAUGAAUGUGGGGUAUGUAAUCAAUGAAUGCCCGGGGAGGGGGUGGAGGUGGCGAUGUGAGCAAUGAAUCAGGAUCAUGCAAUAAAUAUGUAGGGGAGGGGGGAUGUGAAUAAUUUAUUGGUUUUAUGUUAUUGACCUCAGGUUUGUGUAUAAAGACCUAAAAAAUCAAAAAGUUAUUGUGGUCAAUAUUUCAACUACUGAAAACAGUCAAUUACCGGUAUUAAAUGUUUGCAUUCUCAGUGAGUAGCUCUUGCUGUCAUCAGAUAUGAUUUGACUUCUUGGGUUGUUUAUCACAAAGUCUGUUUAAAAAGCCACAAAUGAUGUUGUAUUUCAGGGGCAUACAAAUAGAAAGGGGCUACUCACCAUGGCAUUUCUUUGUUUAAUUCAAUUUUUUCUUGGCCAAUUUAAAAAAAAUAAAAAAUAUUACAAAAAUUUGUUCCUGAGAGAGACAGGUGGCUCGUAUGUUAUUUUUUAGUUUUGCCUGCCCCUGUUGAUUUUCAUAACUUUCUUUUUCAAAAUCACUUGUAGUCAGUGAUGUAAGAAGGAAAAAGGGGGGGGGGGUCUAAUCAGGCAGCACUUUUUUUGUUUAUAUUGAAGGGCGGCAUAUUAAGCCAAGUGUAAAGUUAUUUUCAUGGAAGGGGGUGGCAAAAUGCUGUACCCACCCUAGGUGGCAUCACUCAUAGAUAGCUAUGUCACUUCUUGCAAUUAAGCUAAACUGUGUAGGUAGAAUGAAAUGGAUCAGUUUCACCAAAAAUGUAUACGUUUUGCAAUGAUACUUUGGGAUAACUUCUUUGCUAUCAAGUGCUUCAGUCAUAUUUUAAAAUUAUUGUCUCUCUUUCUUUCCCUUAUUAAAUUUUAUAUAAAACAUUUUCUAAACAUUAGGUUAUGAGUCUGUCUGACCUGGUUUACAACCACACAGCCAAAGACAGCCCCUGGGUGUGGCAGCAUCCAGAAUGCGCCUUCAACCUGGAAAAUUCCCCUCACCUCCGACCGGCAUACAUCAUGGAUAGGAUAUUUGAACAUUUCAGUCUCGAGGUUAGCAAAGGGCUGUGGGAGAAAGAUGGCAUACCUAAAUCUGUGAACAGCGAGGACCACCUCAAUGUAAGUGUGUUUAUGUUUUGUCUUAUGGAGCUGGGUGGGACCCAGCACCAAAGAAUUUAUGUGAUCUUCAGCACUUGAUUGUGUUUUAAAAGGAUAUCAAGUUACUCUAAAGGAAGUAAAUAACCAAUAAAAUAUACCCAAUAUGACUAGGAGCCCUCAUUUUUGUACAAAGGAUACUGGGGAUAAUUUCUUUUUGGAGUUGGGUUGGUAUUUUACUAUCUUAAUUUUACACCUUCACACAGCAUGGAAUAACUAGAUUCGAGUAAUGACAAAUAGAACUCCAUCGUUUUAGCUUAUAUAUGUUUAUAAUCUAUUGUUUUUUUUGCACUUGCAGGCUAUCGGCUAUGUGCUCCACCACAAAGUGUUCCCUUCCCACAGGCUGCAUGAGUUCUUCUGUAUUGGUGUAGAUCAAAUUGUCAAAGAUUUUAGAAAGGCCAUUGAAGGUAGGGCUUGAAAAAAAAAACAACAACCAAAACUUCCUGUGAAGCUUUUGAAAAUAAGGCAACAAAUACAUCAAAUUAAACUUAUAGGAUAUGAAACUGGGUGGCCGAGUGGUAUAAACUGAGCAAAUCUCAAGUUGGUGGUCUGGAGUUCAAUUCCAGUCAAGCAUAAACAUCACCAGCAACCCUGGGUAAAUGGGACCCUUUAACCUUGGAUGGUACUCCUUGUAAGAGAAGGAAACUCUGAAAUCAAACCCGGAGAUGGAGUCCGGAAGGCGGAUAACAUUGGUACAAUGAAACAUUGUAAAACUCCUGCGACGCCACUGGUGCCAAGCUGUAUCAUCCACAUGAUUUUCCCUUGGGUUUUCCAGCGACGUGGAGAGAGGCAAUUUGCUGUUGGGAACCAGCUUAUAAUCCUUGAAGAAUAAUCCCAGGCCUUGUGGAUUUCAUCUUGCGAAGCCCACACCAUUGUGACGGACGGAUGGCAGCAUUAUAUAAAACUUGAUUUCAACACCCGAAGCAGGCUAGCUGAUUCAGCACAAGUGAUUUCAAAGUCUUUUAAAUUGAGUAACAAGACCCAUGUUAUGAAGAUCAACAGGGGCAGCCAACAUCAAACACAUUUUGGAUGAUACAUCCCACCCUCUUCAUCACAGAAGCUUAGGAUCGGCCUGUACGGGACAAAUUCUGUCUGUCAGGGCAAGGACUGAAAGAUAUAAAAAUUCUUUUGUUCCCUAAUCUGUACGAAUUUACCAGCGUGCUCCCACUGAAUGUUUUUUUUUUUUUUGUUGUUGUUGCUAGUGACCUAAUUUAUUAUAAAUUUUUUGUGUUUAAAUAGUUUAAUUUAUUUGCUGAAAAUAUAUAGUGCAAUCAUAAAACAUUUCCAUUUGUUUGAAUCAAUAAAAGAAGCAUAUCUUAUCUUAUGUGAUAAAUUAACUGUCAUUUCAGCUGGAAACUCUGUACAUGAUAUGAAAGACAAUAAGAUGCUAUUUUAAUAUUGCUUCUGAUUAAUUUUUUUUACUAACAUUAUUAUAUUUGAUUAUGUAAAUUAGUAAUCAACAUCAUACAGCAAAGCCUUGUUUCUAACACUAAAAAAAAUGGAGAAAAUCCAUUUUUAUUUUAAGUUAUUUUUCAAUGUUAUUUCCCUUUAGCCUUGUAAAACUAAAUGAUCUGGAGAAGACCCCAAUGUUUUUCACUUGCACAAACCAAUAUUAAUGAGGGAGAUUUCAGAAAUCAUAAAUUUCUUUGUAAUAAAGAGGUGUUGUUUUUUUUUUUUACAGGUACCCCCAACUUAGGAGACCCUGGUAGAGAGACUCACUUAUCCAUUGUGCAAGACCCCAAAUUUAGACGAUUCAAAUCUACAAUCAACAUGACAUUAGCUCUGAAACUAUACAACACAGACAGGUAAGAGGGAUUUCUGGUGUUUUUUUUUUAGGAUUUGCUUAUUUAGGCAUAUCUGACGUGUACAAAGUUAUGCAGGCAAGAGCUGUUGUGUUGUUCUUUUUUUUUAAUUUUUAAAAAUAUUUUUCUUACCUGUGUUGUCGUAGUAAGAAGUUCUUAAUGUUUUUACAUCCAGCGGAUUAUUAUUUUAUGGAUAGAUAUUUAACAACCAUUACUCAAAUAGAAUAUCUAAUCCAUAUCAAAAAAUAAUUUAGGAGAGUAUUUUUUUCUCAUCUUAGAGAUGUUUAAUGAAGUGUUUAUGUUUUAAAAUUGGUUUGUUGACUUAGAGACAAGUAACUCAACUGUAAUAUUAAGUAGGAUAACUUUCAUGUAAAAUUGUUCUAGUAUUCCUGUAAAUAAUCUUAACUGAAUUAUUUAUGAAGGUAAUAGUCUGCAAUUUCAUGUUUUAUUUUUGUGUUCAAAUGGCCUGCUUAUUUAUAUUUAUUCCUCAAAUCUGCAUACAAAUUUUAGGUUCUGUUAAAUUGGUAAGGGCCCAGAUACUAAAAUAAAAAAAAAAAAAAAAAAAAAAAAAAAAAAGGGGGGGGGGGGGGGGGGGGGGAGGAGGCAAUAAUGAUUGCUGGGAGAUAACUGUUUAUACUCCUACAUAAUCGCUGUGGCUUGUUCGUUAAUUUAGUGGUAAUGGUGCAUUUUGGCAAUCUUUUUGUAUUAUUUUUUUUGGUAAGAGCACAUUUGCAACAAACACCUCACCAGUUUAAUUCACUUCUGGAUGAAUGUUGUUAAUAACCUCUGAAUAAAAUAUUUACACUCGGCAAGAGGAAGGAGUUACAUAUACAUCUUGGUGAAAGUAAUUUUCACAGUUACUAGUCCUACCUAGGUUCUGGUCUUGAUUAAGACAAAAAAAACUUUAUAGACAGACUUUAAAAAUGGCAUAUCUUAGCAGGAAAAUUUAUUUCCUAUGUUUCUGUGCUAAAAACGUAUUUAAUGCAAAGUUUUAAAAAAACAAACAAAAAGGUGUUAACAUCAGCGUUUUAUAGUAAAAGUGUGAACUCAAUUCUUCUGUGAUCUAAAAAGAAAUUUCUUUAAAAUUGAGCCUAAAUCUUGUUUUAAGUGACUGUAUUUGAUUUUGGCCAAUUAAGGGCACCAAAUUUGGCAUUUUUCUUCCAUAUAUAACUUGUAAAAUAAAAAUGUUGCUUCAACAGCAGUGGGCAAUUUAAUAUAAUUUUUUAGCUCUUUAAGAUGAGGUUGGUUUAGUAGGGUUUGAUUUGUGGUGAUUAAAAGUUAGGAAGAGGUUGUAUUGAAAUGAAUGAUGCCUGUAAACUGGAUUGAAAAUUAACACUUAAACACCAUGAAUAAUUAUUUGAAUAGUAAAAUAAAUUUAAAUUAUAAAAAUAACUUACAUUUAGUGCUAUUAAUUCAGAUAUAUUAGUACGUAAAUUUUUUUUUUUUUGAAGAUGAAAGGAAUAGUCCACUAUUUUACCUUAAAAAAAAAAUAAUUCAUUAAAAAAUGUUGCAAAUAAAUUUAAAAUAUAUUUACACACACAACAAAAAUAGCAACCAAAAUUUCUAGACCACAGUAUUUUUGUUUCAUUUAUGGUAGUUAAUGAAUUAAAAUUAAUUUUUGACUUACAAAGAUAAUUAAUUCAAAUUUUCACUUCAAUGAAAAUUAUUUCAGCUCUAAAGUGGAACAAGGGUAAAAUGUACUCAUUAUAAUGUAGAAUGUUUGAAUUCUUAUUCAUUAUUGUAGUUGCUUUUUUGUUUCCUCUAUUUUGAAUUUAAAAAAUCUGGUUUGCAUUCAAGCACCUUUAAGCUUCUUUAUCACCUUACUUAAAUCCUGCAACCAUUUUAACCCUUUACUGACAGAGAAAGUAGUUCUUUACAUUUUAUUUUGUCCUUGAAUCUCUUAACAUUACUCUGAAGGGUUAUACACCCUCUGUCUAAAUAAUCAGAGUUAUGUGCCCUUUUUCAAUUACAGUUAUGUACCCUCUGUCACAUCUAACACUGAUUAUUAUCCUGGGUGGUGAAUCCAGAAAAAAACAACAAAAAAACUUUUAUUGCACUAUAGGACAUAUCUUUAUUAGUCGAAAGUAUGUGUGCAUUAUCUUGAAAAGAACAGGGGCAUGUCUCUACAUGCUUACCACUGAAUUCAUCACUGCCUCACUUUUUAAAAAAAAUAGUUAAGAAAUACUUUCCAGCAGACGAGGUUGCAUCAUUGAUACUAGUGUAGAAAUGUUUGUCAUUAGUUAGAACACACCUAGUUAUUUAAGUAGAAUAGUGUGAGGCAUAAGUAGAACACACCUAGUUAAUUAAGUAGAAUAGUUUGAGGCAUAAUUUAAUAUGAUAUAUUUAAAGUUAACCCAAUGGCCACAAAAAAAUAAAUAAAUUCAGAGCAAAGCUCUUAUUCCAUAUGAUACUGGCAUCCAAAUGCAUUUCAGUAGUUUUAAAUAUGUGUCAAAGAUCUGCACAAUAAUCUUUUUUGUAUAGAUAGGAUAUCAGGGGGCAUGUUAUUUUCUAGUUUUCAGAGGUCUAGGGAUAAUAGGGACGUUGUAAAUAUCUAAUGGGAAUUUAAAAUAGGGUUGACUCAUCAAAUAAUCAAACUUUAUUUAUUUUUAUCUAGAAACUAAGAGUACUGAUAAAAAAUAAUUGUAUUAAUAUUAUUAUGAAUAUUUAAAAAAUUUCAUAGAAGAAUUUCAAUAUAUCUUUUUACAAUAAGAGCAAACCAGUGGCUUAGCUUUGAAUAUUAAAAUGCAUUCCUAGAUAUUGAUCCAUCUGAGGAUAAUUAGCGUAAAAAAUAGGAGAAUUGGGACUUGAGGGAAAAGAUGUGGAUAAAUUUGACUUUGACUGGACGGAAAAGAUAGGGAGAAUUUUGUGUCUGAAAUUAUUAUUAAUUAUGGCAGUCUCACUAAUUACUUGGAGAUGUUUCAUUUGUACAUGGCAAAAAAGAAUGCUCUUAUUUAGUAAUUAAUUUGAUGAUUUCAGGCAGAUCUAAGAAGCUUUACUCUGCUGAGUAACUAUCGGUAAAGGGUUAAUAUUAAUAAUGUCUGACAUUGGUUAAAUCUUUGCUGUAAGUGUUUGAUUUUUAUGGUGCAGUAGUGUGAGUGAUCAGAGAAUGGAGAUCAGAAAAACAACUCUGUCUUCACCGAAACGGUCACUUGUUUUUAUAACCACACCCAAUGUCGCCAUUUAAAAAUGUUAUCCAAAUGCACAAUACUUCCUUACUGUUGCUUGUUUAAAAGCCUAUUAUAUUAUUUUUAUUAUAUUAUUUUUUUACUAUGAAACAAAAAGAUUAACUCUUGUAAAAAAAAAAAAAAUAUUUUAUAUACUUUUUUGUACUUGUUAUUUUUUAAAUAAAUUUUACAAUUUAUAUAAAUUUUAGUUUGUUUUCUUUUCAACUUGUCAUUAAUUUUCAAUUUUUUUUUUUAAUUUUUUUUUUUUUUAAAAAUGUUAUCCAAAUGCACAAUUCUUCCUUACUGUUGCUUUUUUAAAAGCCUAUUAUAUUAUUUUUAUUAUAUUAUUUUUUUACUAUGAAACAAAAAGAUUAACUCUUGUAAAAAAAAAAAAAGAUGUUAUAUACCUUUCUGUACUGGUUAUUGUGUAAAUAAAAUUUACAAGUUAUAGAAAGUUUAGUUUGGUUGCUGUUCAACUUGACAUUAAUUUUCAAUUUUUUUUUAAAUAUUUUUUUUUUCCCUCCCUGCAGUCUUUUUAAUUUAUUUCCUUUACUUAGAAAACGCCUGAAUUUUAAUGGCUUCAGUAAGAUAUUUAUUUUAUGUGGCAGUAGCUUCCUAAUUUUAAUGCACUUUCUAAAUGUCUAACCAACAUCAUGAUCCCAGACAAUGUGGAGAUUGGUGGUCUCAAACUGAUGGCACUAAACCAACAAAGUGACCAGUGUCACACAUUCUAAUAACGAAGUGGCUAUUUGGACCCGGGUCCGAGAAGUUAGAGGUUGGGAUUAAAAAUUUUUAAAAAUAUAUUAUUGUACGGUUGUAAGACAAAAUUUGGUAUCAAAUGAAAUAUAAUUGAAUGGGCUAUAUGUUUGUAGACUUAAUUAUUCAGUUUAACUAAAAUAAACCACUACAAAUGACAUCCGAAUAGCAUUGAAUCUAAAAGGACCCGGGUCCGAAUAGCGGCGAUGCAUUUCGGGUUCCAUUUUGACAAAAUGCUAUUCGGAUGUCAUUUGUGGUAGUAUAUUUUAGUUAAACUUAAGAAGUUUACAAACAUAUAGUCCAUUCAAUUAUCUUUCAUUUGAUACCAAAUUUUGUCUUACAAACCCUACAAUAAUUUUAAAAUAUUUUUUAAUAAACCCAAACUCUAACUUCUCGGACCCGGGUCCGAAUUGCCACAGCCUUCUAAUAAUGGCCUAUUUAUAGGGGAUGCGGUCAUUUGGGUGAUUUUAGUUUUAAACAUUUUUUGUUGAAUGUUUUAAGGCAUAUUUAUGUUAAAACACCUGUAAACAUUUAAAAUAUACAAUAAUUUUAAUAAUUAAUUCGUAACCCUUGUCUCCCCUCCUUUUCCUCAUCACCAAAAAAAAUUUACUUUAAAAAAAAUAAAUAAUUUAAACAACUUGAUUAAAUUGGUUUGUUAGACAAUAAAACAGGACUCUGUUGUUUCUCAGACAUUAAUUGAGCCCUGGUGGGUUAUCUGUGAUAUGAAGAGACAGCUUUAGAGAAACAUUGAUUUUUAACGGGACCUCUUCAAAAUGAUACCAGUAGCAUCAAUAGGCCUCCCAUCCAUAAUAACUGAUUUCCUGAGAACUUAUUGACGAUUGAAAUGUUGUAUGACAUUUUUAACUAACUAAUUAUAAAAGUGUUGGACUGGGAUAAAACUUUCAAGUAGAUUAAUGAGAUACGACCAAUUUGUGUGAAUAAAAUAAUACAUUUUUACUUAUAAUAUGAUGACACAAAAUGCAAAUUUGAAUUUUGCGGCAAAUGCCUACUUCAGUACAACAAGAAACGUUCAUACAAGUAUAAGUUAAAGUUAAAUAACGUAUUCAUAUAUAAAUAUAAAUAAAUAUAUACAUAUAUAUAUACAUAUAUAUAUAUAUAUAUAUAUAUAUAAUAUUAUAUCACAUCAUAUCCUACCUAUACCAAAAAAUGAAAGAAAAGAAUCAGAAUGGGCACAAAAACAAAGCUCAGAAGAUCAUUUAUGCUCAUUUUCAUGAUCAGGCAUUAAUGCUUAUCACUGCCCCAUCAAGAUCAUCAUUUUCCACAUCAAGAUCAUCAUAUUCAAAAUCAAUAUCAUCAUAGUUCCCAUUAAGAUCAUCACUGUCCCCAUCAGGAUUAUCAAAGUCCCCAUCAAGAUCAUUAUAUUUACCAUCAAGAUCAUCAUAGUUCCCAUCAAUAUCAUCACUGUCUCCAUCAAGAUUAUUAUAGUCCCUAUCAAGAUCAUCAUAUUCACCACCAAGAUCAUCAUAGUCCCCAUCAAGAUCAUCAUAGUCCCCAUCAAGAUUAUCAUUGUCACCAUCGAGGUCAUGAUUUCCCCAUCAAGAUCAUCAUUGUCCCCACCAAGACAUAUUGAUAGCAUGGUUUUGCAGAUUGGCAUUAGCAGGACAAAAUACGUGUGGCUUUUUCCUGAUACACAUUGCCUGCUAGCAGACGAUAAGGAUUUUAAUUUAGUCAGUUUUAAUUUAUUUCAGAUGGCAUAGAUGACAUUUAAACUCACUCAUAUGCCUAGACCAGCGUUACUAGCAGUUCUUUCUAUUUAGAAAAUGUCCUGUUAGAUCAUAUUUAAAUGGGCAUGGAGGUGAAAACCAAGGCACCAGCACACUUUUUUCAAGCUGCACCUAAAACGAGUGAAGAAAAGUAGCCUUAGGCUUGCUGGCUCAAUUGUAUGCAUUAUCUUUCUCUGGCACAAUGCCAAUACAAAAUUGGUUUUGUUUGUUGUGGAGAUCGCUGUUUGUGACAUUCAUUUAUGUGGGUUGGAUUAAAAAAAGUUAAUAAUAUGAAAUAAAAAGAAAAUUUUAAAAUAAUACCUAAAAAUCUUUUUUUUUUCUUAUAUAUAAAUACAUGAUUACAAUGGUUUUAUUUAAAUGUGAUUGACCAUUUUAGUGCAGGAAAAUUUCUUAUUAACAAAAAAAAAAAAAUCAAUGGAUGAGUUUAAUCAUUGUUAAUUUUUGUUGUUUUAAUAUUAUUUUUCCUGUUUGUACUAAUGGGUGACUGUCCUCUACUUCCAGGCCUGGGGUGUUUUCACGAACAGACCGAAUCAACAAAUGCUGCGAGGCUCUGACAGAGGAGCUGGUUGCUCUGAACGGACAGAAGGACAGGGAGACCCAAGACCACAUCAACUGUGCCAUAGGAAAUUUCAUAGCAAAUGCCAGGUGGCGCUUUGUGAACCCAGCUGGGCCCAGGAUACCACAAGUUACAGAGUCAGAACCACUAAUGAGCGGGUAUGCCUAUAGUUUCAGUGUGAUGAUCUACCAGCCUGGAAAUGUUGAUUUUUGAAUUAAUUUCCUUAAUGGGAAAGUACACACCUUGGACCCAGUGAAAUUCUAAUUUUCUUAACGGGAAAGUGCACACCUAUGACCCAGUGAAACUCUAAUUUCCUUAAUGGGAAAGUGCACACCUAGGACCCAGUGAAACUGUAAUUUCCUUAAUGGGAAAGUGCACACCUAGGACCCAGUGAAACUCUAAUUUUUUUCAUGGGACAGCGCACACUUAGGACCCAUUGAAACUCUAAUUUCCUUAAAGGGAAAGCGCACACCUAGGACCCAGUGAAACUCUAAUUUCCUUAAAGGGAAAGCGCACACCUAGGACCCAAUGAAACUCUAAUUUCCUUAAAGGGAAAGCGCACACCUAUGACCCAGUGAAACUCUAAUUUCCUUAAAGGGAAAGCGCACACCUAGGACCCAAUGAAACUCUAAUUUCCUUAAAGGGAAAGCGCACACCUAGGACCCAGUGAAACUCUAAUUUCCUUAAAGGGAAAGCGCACACCUAUGACCCAGUGAAACUCUAAUUUCCUUAAAGGGAAAGCGCACACCUAGGACCCAGUGAAACUCUAAUUUCCUUAAUGGGAAAGUGCACACCUAGGAACCAAUGAAACUCUCAGCUUUCUUAUGGUAUCAGAAAUUUUUCUGCAUAUUUAUAGUCUAGAUAUGCCGAGUGCAAUCAAUUUUUUAUGUUUAAUUUUUCUCUAUACUGAACCAAUGAAAAUCUUUAUGCACAUAAAAAAUCCAUUUAAGUGCCACGACACCAACAAAUCAUUGUCAUCCAAUCCCACUGUUUCAGCUACUUCAUUAUACCCAAAGCACAUGAGGGGAGUGUGGAGAAAGAAGAGAAGAUGUCCUAUGAGGAACCCUCUCACAUCAUGGCGUGCAAUGGUUGGGUGAUGGGGGAUGAUCCCUUGAAGAACUUUGCCGAGCCAGGUUGGUGGGGGUGCCAUUCCUCAGACAUGGUGCUGGAAUGUUAGGCACUUGCUGUGCUUUAGUAAUGAGAAUUGGGCAUGUUGAUCUGUAAAUGAUAAAUAAGUGUGUUUAAAAUCUAUAGUUUACUGGAGCUUUGGUAAACAAGAUAAAAUGUAAAAUACCCAAGUAUCUGAAACACCAACUUUCUGCAUAGAGAUGAAAAGUGUGGAAUUAUUUCCCACUCUGUUUAAAACUGAAGUGAUGCCCCCCAUCUUUGUUUAAUCAAAUAAUUUUAACGAUGUUACCUUAAAAACAUUUUUUUCAAUUAUUUUGAGAUCCCUGCAUAAAUAAUGGCAGUGAAAGCAAAGUCCAGCAUUGCUAAAAUUUCCAUUUCCCCCACAGAUUAUUGUAGUAAUAUGAUACAUGUUAUUGUCCCCGUGUGUAAAGGUAGACAGGUCUACCUGAGGAGAGAGUUGGUUGGAUGGGGUGACAGUGUCAAACUCAACUUCGGCAAAUCUCCAAGUGACUGUCCCUACCUGUGGCAACGGAUGGAGGAAUACACUAAAAUAUCAGCCAAAAUAUUUAAAGGCCUUAGGCUGGACAAUUGUCACAGCACUCCCAUACAUGUGGCUGAGGUAAAUAGCACUGGGUCGGGGGUGGGAGGAGGGGGGUUUCUGUCUGCUUUGUUUGUGUUAUCUCAAUGCUGUGGAGUGGGGGAGGGGGGGGUGCCUGCUAGUUCAAAGGAAUAGGGGUGGGAGAUGGGGGUGAGCAAAGUUAAAUUAUAAUAAAUACCCUUUUUAAUGAACAAUGACAAAAUUUAAAUAAGGGAGAGCCACAAAUUUUUAAAGAAAAUAACAUUGCCCGCUAACAUAAGGUUUGGAAAUCAAUAGGUCUGUCUAAUUAGAAUUUAUUUUAUUAUUACCUGAUGAUAAUGUGAGAGUGGCAAUUUUCAAAGUUUUUUUUUCAAUGUCAAUGGAAUUCAGUUUUAGUUUUUUUGUAACCACUAAAGAUAUGUAUUUUAAGUGAGAAGCACUCUGAUAGAAUCUUAUUUCACAUCUAACCAUGAUAUAUAUUAAUCAUUGUGGUAAGUGAAUGGGGCUAGCAUUUAGGCUCAGGGAAACCUGUGUAUUGUACCUGAAGACUAAUGCUUAACUCCAAGAAUAUUAGGAAUACUGUUAUGUUUUCAUUGUUUUUAUUUCAAACAAGUAACAUAAACAUAUAUAUACAUAAAUACAAGUUCUCAAUCAGGUGUUGACUUUUUGCUUGCGUCCGGAACACGGUUCAUAAACACACACUCUCUCUGUCCAGUGUCUCUGCGCAUGCGCGCUCUUUCCUUGGCUGGCUAUCGGUACGGGCCAGUCCACUAGUACACCAUAACAAAUACUUACGUUGUGUCUGUCCCCAUUCAGAGAUGUGCUUUUUCCUACUUUUCCCGUAGGAUAAUACUGGAAUUUAUUUAAGCCGGUCACAACUCAGAGGCAGGUGAACUGUUAAAACUAAAAAUGCCUGUAUUUCUUAGAAUGUCUGCUCACAUCUCUGUCCCCUUUGCAGCAUAUGCUUGAUGUCGCCCGCAGAGUUCGUCCAGACCUUUAUGUCAUUGCAGAGCUGUUCACCGGCAGUGAGCAGCUGGACAACUUGUUCAUGAACAGACUGGGAAUUAAUUCCCUUAUAAGAGGUUUUUUUUUAGAUUAUUAUUUGUACUGUAUAUAUUUUAACAAUUUCCAAAAUUCAUCACUGUUCAAAGGGACAGAUGCUGUUUGCUGAGACCUAUUUAAAAAUGUCAUACUAUUUUCUCUCCAUGUUAAAUGGGACUGUAAAUUAAACUCUUUUAAUUAAACUGUUCAUUUGACUGAAAAAGAAUACUUUUUAGUAACUGAAACAACCAAACUGAAAUAGAAAUUUGAAUAACAUCAUGUAAGUCAGCAAUAAUUUUUAUUUCAUUGUCAAGUCAAUAAGAAGAAUUUUAAGAAUUAUUUUUUUCCUUUAAAAAGCCCUCUUUCCCAAAAAAUGGUUGAGGUCACAAACCAUUAAAGAUGUGUGUUUUAGAAAAGAUUCCAAUGACCUAAUCAAGUUUUCUUCACUCAUUUUUGGUAUUCUUGAAUGCCCGCCGGACAGCAUUGAAUCCAGAAAUUAUAUUUUAGCACACCUGAUAUUAAUAACCUUAAGUUGUCUUGAAAUUUAAAAAUAAAAAUUCCUGAUUCUUAAAAGAAUUUAAAAAAUAAAAAAUUCUAUGUAUUAUAUUUAAGAUGCUCAAUUAAUAGUUUGCCUUUACUAAGAAUUUUUCUCUAUGCCACAAUAAAAUCUCAGUUCUUCAUAAAUGUCUUACAUUCACAGAAGCCCUUGUUGCCAUCGACGCACAUGAUCAAGGGAGACUGGUCCACAGAUUUGGUGGGGACCCGGUGGGGGCUUUCAUCCAGCCACGGAUCAGGCCACUAGUGCCCUGCGUGGCCCAUGCUCUGUUCUAUGACCAGACUCACGACAACGAAUGCCCCAUCACCAAACGUUCGGCCUGGGACCUCUGGCCAACAGGGGCGAUGGUGGCCUCUGCCAACUGUGCUAUUGGCAGCAACAGGGGAUAUGACCAGAUGGUUCCUAUUCAUGUGAGUUAACAUAAGCAAUAGUUUAAUAAUUUCUUCUCAUCCUUUGAUUUGUUUGCUAUUUUCACUAUUUGUAUAUUAUGUUAUGUCUAUUUUGUGUUUAAAAUGCAAUAACUUAGUGCAGCCACAAUUAUUUUUUGAGUGAUCACUGUGGUUUUUUUUUAUCUUAAAGGAAAAAUCGAUUAAAAAUUUUUUUUUUACAAAAAUUAAUUUUUUGCUAUCAUUAUUGAUAGUUGAGUAUCAUAACCUAAUAUUAUCAAUCCAAAGAUGUCAUUAUAAUAUAAUUGCUUUAUAGCUUUUGCAAGAGGAUAAGGUCAUGUAAUAUUAUUGUUAACAUGUUGAAAUUUCAUUUUAAAUUAGUUAAACAUUUUAGGAUUAUACUUACUUUUUCAUUGUUAAGAAUGCAGCCCCUCCCCCAACCCCCUCUUUCCAGAUAAAUGUUGUGACGGAAACUCGUCUAUAUACAUCCUGGUCCAAAGAAAACAUGCCAGAUAGACCGUUCAUCAACCACAACUUUGGCAUCACAGCAGGCAAACGUGCACUGAACAAGCUUCACUACUGGUUGGCAAGGGAGGGAUAUUCUCAAGUAAGAACCGAUGGGGGGGGAUGGGGGGGGGACAAUACAUUUUGAAUUACCAAUGAAUAAUUUUGACAUUGUUUCAUUUGUCAUCUUUUCCAUCAGUAGCGGCAGUAAAAAUAUAUACAGUUUUUUUGUUUUUUUGUGUUUUUUUUUGGAUACAUAGAAAAUGGUGCACAUUUUUUUUUAAAAUAUUGAAAUUUUUCCUAAUUAAGAUAUUUAGAAUGAUAUUUUCUAGAAAAGCUUUCACAUAUCAUGAUAUUUUCUAGAAAAGCUUUCGCAUACCAUGAUAUUUUCUAGAAAAGCUUUCACGCACCAUGAUAUUUUCUAGAAAAGCUUUCACAUACCAUGAUAUUUUCUAGAAAAGCUUUCACAUACCAUGAUAUUUUCUAGAAAAGCUUUCACGCACCAUGAUAUUUGCUAGAAAAGCUUUCACGCACCAUGAUAUUUUCUAAACAUUGCUUUCACUUAUAAUCAUAUUUGUAAUUAGGACCAAAAUACUGUCAGGGAAUGAGCUUGUAAGAGUAUAGUUUAUAAUUUCAGGUGUACGUUGAUCAGCUGGACCCCAGCACAGUGUCCAUCACUAGGCACAAACCUCAGAACCACGAGUCUGUGAUAGUGGUGUCCAGGACAGCAUUCACACACCCACACAACCCUAAUGAGCAGGGAUACAUUAGAAACAUAACAGUGCAAGGUCAGAAGCUGUUCCAUGCAAGCGUUGUUUAGUUUCAUAUUUUGAUGGAGCAUCCACAGUAAUUAGUUGGUUAAAAAUGUAACAUUUAUUUUGGAAACUUAAAAAGGAAAUUUUUAUAUUUCUAAAAAAAAAGUCUUAUCGCCCAGCAUUUUAUUUAUAUAAUAUUGCUUAUAAUUGUUUUCUUUCUUUUCCACUUGAAAGUUUUCUUUCUGAAAUUUAUCAAGUUUAUGCUACCAAAUACCAAAGAAACAGUUUCAGUUGAGCCAACCUGCUGGUGCUCUCAUGGGUUUCAACAGUUUCAAAUCAGCCAACCUGCUGGUGCUCUCAUGGGUUUUAAUGGUUUCAAAUCAGCCAACCUGCUGGUGCUCUCAUGGGUUUUAAUGGUUUCAUAUCAGCCAACCUGCUGGUGCUCUCAUGGGUUUCAACAGUUUCAAAUCAGCCAACCUGCUGGUGCUCUCAUGGGUUUAAACAGUUUCAAAUCAGCCAACCUGCUGGUGCUCUCAUGGGUUUAAACAGUUUCAAAUCAGCCAACCUGCUGGUGCUCUCAUGGGUUUUAAUGGUUUCAAAUCAGCCAACCUGCUGGUGCUCUCAUGGGUUUUAAUGGUUUCAUAUCAGCCAACCUGCUGGUGCUCUCAUGGGUUUCAACAGUUUCAAAUCAGCCAACCUGCUGGUGCUCUCAUGGGUUUAAACAGUUUCAAAUCAGCCAACCUGCUGGUGCUCUCAUGGGUUUAAACAGUUUCAAAUCAGCCAACCUGCUGGUGCUCUCAUGGGUUUUAAUGGUUUCAAAUCAGCCAACCUGCUGGUGCUCUCAUGGGUUUUAAUGGUUUCAUAUCAGCCAACCUGCUGGUGCUCUCAUGGGUUUUAAUGGUUUCAUAUCAGCCAACCUGCUGGUGCUCUCAUGGGUUUUAAUGGUUUCAAAACUCAGCCAACCUGCUGGUGCUCUCAUGGGUUUUAAUGGUUUGAUAUCAGCCAACCUGCUGGUGCUCUCAUGGGUUUUAAUGGUUUCAAAUCAGUCAACCUCCCGGUAGCGUUCCUGGAUUUUUCUGCUAAUUAUUGCUCCUUGAGCCUCUGAUUCUCCCUAGUCUUCAUUAUCCAGAGAGCCUGCAAGGCCAGUUAGCUGACAUCGGGUAGUUUUCCCUUUUCAGCUGAUUUGGAUUCCAAAAUACCGCGUCCCUUGCUUGCUUAGUUUCUUACUGAUUCUUCAGUCUGUGAGGUUGUGGUGGCCAAACAGCUGAUGCACUAGGCCCUUACUUGUCAGUCUGCCAAGUCCAAUCAGAGCAAAUUCAUAUUGGUCUUUGGGAUGAAGAUGCUCACUCUAUUUUUAAAAAGGGUGAUGGAGAAAAUCCUACAGAAAAAACAAAAUUGGACAACCUAAAGUGUUGUUGAACUUCAACUUACUUAAGGGAUAUUUUACAACUCUAUCAUUUAAAAAAAACAAGCAAAGAACUCCGUAAUUUUUUAAAGCUUUUGAUUCUUGUACUAUUGCACUCUUUGCAUUAAGACAACACAGAACGGUGCAUAGAUUCCAGAUUCCUGACGGCAGAUGGCACUUCUAAAACAUGAGGUCACGAUCUGCAGCAGUGUGUAACUGUUUUCUCAUCAUCUGCAGGCAAUAUUGACCAAGUGAUUCUUGAAGGCAGGGUUCAGCAAGCCGCACAGUUUGUUUACAAAGCUGACAAGAACUACAUCAAUGGUCUCCCCGACUACUACCUGCAGUUGAGAGAAAACUUCCCAGUCAGUGAGAGCCAGGUGAUAUCGGCCAGGCUCCUCGACGAUGGGGUGACCCAUGAAGUCUCCUUCAUUAACCUGACACCUGGCAGUGUUGUUGCCAUAAGGUGAGCCGAUAUCUUUGCGUUGCCAUCACUACGGUAUAAUCCUUAAAUGAUCCGGCAUGUAGCAAAUUUGUAUUGACUUAUUCAGAAAAUAGCAAUCUAUUUCGUUUUACAUUUUUUAUAAGGAAUAAGAAAUUUAAAAGUUUUCUUCGUAGUUUAAAAAAAAAUAAUUGCUUUCUAAGGUUUAUAGGUUCCAGGCUUUCAUUUUGAAGCAAGUAAAAAAACUAACUUGAUUUAAACCAUGUGAUAACAUAUUGACUUUUAUUUCAAGAUUUUCAUUACGGACACUGUAAGGGCACAAAUAUUAGAAGAACAUUAACUUGGUUCAUUGUUAAUUUUAGCUUCUUGAAUGUCCCGUUUUUUUAAAAAGAAAGAAAGAUUUACGGGAUAUUAAAAUUAAGUUUUUAAAUUAUUUUUACUCUUUCCUGAACCGGCAAUAGUGUUAAGUAAGAAAAUACUUGUACUAAUUUCUGAAUGGCCAACUUUUCAGAUGUUCACUGCCUGAUCAUGCCAGAGGAGCCAUCCUGGAAAUUCGCCGUGGCCUGGGUCAGUUUGGCUACCUGAUGCGGUCCUACAGCGGCAACAAGAUGUUUGAUGAGACACUUGACUCCACCAACUUCCGGGCCAUGGUGGACAAGCUCUCCCUGGCGGACAUUAACCGCUGCCUGUUCAGGAUAGACCAGGAGGAACGAGAUGACUGCUACGGCUUUGGUGUUUACGCCAUACCCAACCAUGGUGCUAUGGUGUACUGUGGCAUUAAAGGUAUGUGUGCCCAACCAUGGUGCAGUGGUGUACUGUGGCAUUAAAGGUAUGUGUGCCCAAUCAUAGUGCUGUGGUGUACUGUGGCAUUAAAGGUAUCUGCACCCCUACCACGGUGCUGUGGUGCACUGUGGCAUUAAAGGUAUGUGUGCCCAAUCAUAGUGCUGUUGUUUACUGGGGCAUUAAAGGUAUCUGUACCCCUACCAUGGUGUUACAUGGCUGCUGUUUGAUAAAUGUCCCAAAUGCCACUCUUGAAUGAGUACAAGUGCAUUGCCGUUAUUCUUUGAUGGUUGAUGAAGUGAAGAAAUGUUAACCAAAUUAAUUAUCUUCCCCCUAGGUGUUCUGUCCUUUGAUGGUUGAUGAAGUGAAGAAAUGUUAACCAAAUUAAUUAUCUUCCCCCUAGGUGUUCUGUCCUUACUCAGUGAAAUCAGACCAAAGAAUGAGCUGGGCCAUCCCCUGUGUGGCAACCUUAGAGAUGGAGACUGGUUACCCGAAUACAUUGCCAACCGCCUCAAGCCUCACUCCAGCCUUGAGCCAGUGAGUGGAAGAGAUGAAUGUUAAAAAUAGAUUGUAUACACAUUAAUUAAUAAUCACUCUAUAACUUUUUCUUUUAAUAAAAAAUUUAAAAAAGAACUAAGGUGCAGAUUCUCAGAAAAGUCCAUUUAUGGAUGUCAUCCAGUUUUAAAAACUUUCUUAUAAAAUUUAGGUCCAUUUUAAAAAGACGGGGGGGGGGGGGGGGGGGGCAAUCUAAAACUGGAACAGUCACUCCUCAAAGGCUAUUGACUCAUUGGUCAAUUAACAUUGAAUUAUCUAAAACACCAGUUUAAACUUAUCACACCCUUGUAUUUAGUAUUAACAGAACAGCUAAUACCACUGCUUGUCAUGUAUAAGAAGUUGAAGUCCAUUUUCUUGUCAUUGUUUGAUCUACACACUGUGGUACAUCUAGUGGUAUUCCAAUAAUUUUAUUAGUAGGCAAAAAUUAAUGAACUAUUUAAUCAUCUGCAAGACUAGUAAAGUCAACUAAUAAAUUUGCUUUUCAAAGAACUUUAUAUACACAAGAUAUUGGUCCUGUGUUCUCUGAGCUCCUAUGUUAAAUUCAUUAGUUUAAUGUACAUAUCUCUCUCACUUUCGUCUCUCAGCUGGCCAAGUGGUUUGAAUCCUUGUUUCACCACCUCAAGAAAAUGCCUCGUUUCCUGAUCCCAUGUUACUUUGAUGCCAUCAUGACCGGCUGUGACAUUGUCCUGUCUGAUGCAGCUGUCAACAAAAUGUCUGAGUAAGUGUCUGGCACCCUGCUGGCCAUGAAAAAAUGUAAUCUUAAAGCUACAUCAAGAUUAGACAAUCAGGAGCUAACAGGGUGACUAGUUGUCUCUAUCGUGAUUUGUGAAGGGCCCUGAACAGCUGUUAGUUUGUACCAAGCCUCUGCAGUCAUCGUGUCAGAAUCUUACAUUUUUCUGUGUAACCUCAAACAGAGGAAGCCUACCUAGAAUUUUGAAAUGGUUGUUGCACUAUUUUCUGAAUAAACCUGAUCUUAGCUUUUGACAUGGAAAGUAAAGAUUUAAGAACAAAGGUAAUACCUGUCUUACAUUUCAGUCUUGCACAACUACUGUUGAGUAAAUUCAUAUUUUAGCAGUGGAUGACUUUAUACAGAACCCAUCUAUUACAAUUUUGGUUUCAGUUUCAUCAAAGAUGGCUCUAGCUUUGUCCGAGCUCUCAGCCUCACAUCCCUGCAGGUGGUGGGCUACACCUGCCAGGCCAGGCUCCCUUUCCUCUCACCUGAUCUCAAACCACAGCCCAGGAGAGAGUUCAACAACCACACCAAGGUGCUGGAGCAGGCACCCCUGUCCAUGUCUGCUGGUAGGUGGGGAAUGGAUGAUUUAAGGUUGGGGGGGGGGUUUUGAGGUCAUGCAUGGGUCGGUAUAAAAUAUUUUAACACUUUUAAUAAAUAGUCGAUGUCAGUUGGGUUUUGUUGGGGGGAGGGGCAGAUGUUUUAAUGCUCAUGCUUAGUGUCACUUAUGACUGGGGCGGGGAUAUAGGACAGAGCUCCAUUGCUCAUAAGUCGCACCACGUUUGCUUGAUCAUGAAUGAGCUGAGGGGCAUUUCCAGAAAGAGAGGAUAGAAUUGAUGAUUCAAAAGGUUAUGGAUUCGUGGAUGGUUAUUCUGACGUGAUAGACUUAGUGUUAAUAGCUGCAGAUCAAGAAUAGACUUUGGGGAUAGGCAAAAAAUUUAGUGUUUUCAGAGUGUUCUGAUUGCACAUGGCAGACACAAAGACUUUCAUAAUUGAACGCCUCAGAUGUUCAGAUUGGGCACGCCAUGAAAUGGUCAUUCAAGGCCAUUGCCAUAACAUUAAGAAAUAAACCCAUUUUCAUCAUCUGUACAUCUGGAGCUGGAGUUGUUAGUUUUAGUUAGUCUACGUUGGGCUUUGUCUGUCCCAACGCCUACAUACUAAAUGUAUAAAUCACAGAGAGGAGUGGUCCUGUUCUGACCACCACUAAAUUAAUAUAGUUUGUGAUAAGUCAGGGCUGGAGCCCUCCUCCAUAAAAACCUUUCUGUGACACUUGGGUUAGCAUACAAUCCUUUAACAGUUUCUGUUAUCAGUCAGUCGAUAGCAAAUUAUUUAUUGUAAACACAGUCAAUAGCAAAUUGUUUAUUGUAAACACAGUCAAUAGCAAAUUGUUUAUUGUAAACACAGUCAAUAGCAAAUUAUUUAUUGUAAACACAGUCAAUAACAAAUUCUUUAUUGUAAACACAGUCAAUAGCAAAUUGUUUAUUGUAAACACAGUCAAUAGCAAAUUGUUUAUUGUAAACACAGUCAAUAACAAAUUAUUUAUUGUAAACACAGUCAAUAACAAAUCAUUUAUUGUAAACACAGUCAAUAGCAAAUUAUUUAUUGUAAACGCAGUCAAUAACAAAUUAUUUAUUGUAAACACAGUCAAUAACAAAUUAUUUAUUGUAAACACAGUCAAUAGCAAAUUAUUUAUUGUAAACGCAGUCAAUAACAAAUUAUUUAUUGUAAACACAGUCAAUAACAAAUUAUUUAUUGUAAACACAGUCAAUAACAAAUUAUUUAUUGUAAACGCAGUCAAUAACAAAUUAUUUAUUGUAAACACAGUCAAUAACAAAUUAUUUAUUGUAAACAGUCAGUCAAUAACAAUUUAUUUAUUGUAAACACAGUCAAUAACAAAUUAUUUAUUGUAAACAGUCAGUCAAUAACAAAUUAUUUAUUGUAAACACAGUCAAUAACAAAUUAUUUAUUGUAAACACAGUCAAUAACAAAUUAUUUAUUGUAAACACAGUCAAUGACAAAUUAUUUAUUGUAAACACUUUGCUGCACGGGCAAAAUAUAUUUGGAAGAUUCUUUAAAAAACAAUGGUGACUACAGCGGAGUCUAAAAACGGAAUAUGUCAGACUGGAAGUGAACCAUCAGCUUUUAUUUUGUUAACAUCAAAUUUGAGAGUUGCUGUAACACUGUUGUUUGCUCUUGAAGGCUUCCCUCACUUCGGCAGCGGCUACAUGAGGAACUGGGGGAGAGACACAUUCAUAUCUCUACGUGGUCUUCUCAUCAUUACAGGGAGACACGAGGAGGCCAGGUACGUAUAUAAACCUGCCACGUCAUCAUGAAUGUGUUAAAAAAAAUUUUUUUAAAGUAAAACUGCAUCAUUGAACUCUAAAAACAUAUAGAGAUCUUGAACUCUAAAAAUAUAUAGAGAUGUUGUUUAGAAGAGCGCAUGCAGCUGCCAAAUGAUACAUCUGCUCUGGUUUUACUUAGAUCAGAUGACCUUUAACAUGUCUCCAUAGAGAGAUAACAAGAAGGAGUGAGGUCUUAGUUACACAGAGCUGUAGUCGCAGAUAAAGACAAAAUUCAGAUUUUUUGUAUAUUCCAAAACUUUAACAUGUCUCCAUAGAGAGAUAACAAGAAGGAGUGAGGCCCUAGUUACACAGAGCUGUAGUCGCAGAUAAAGACAAAAUUCAGAUUUUUUUUUAUAUUCCAAAAUCUUUUGGUCAUUAUUCCAUUUCAGUUUGAAAAGUUAGAUUAGGCUGCCGGCCCUCCCAUACAAAAAUUGAGAUAUCAGUCACAGCAGGAUUUGAUGUUCUCUUCCUCAGACACAUUAUCCUUGGCUACGCUGGCACGCUGCGCCACGGUCUGAUCCCCAACCUGUUGAAUGAGGGCACAGGGGCCCGGUUUAAUGCGAGGGAUGCCGUUUGGUUUUGGCUGAUAGCCAUCAGGGACUACUGCAACGAGGUGAAGAAUGGUCACAACAUCCUCAAAGACCCUGUGAGCCGUAUGUACCCGAAUGAUGGCUCGAACCCACAACAGCCAGGUGCCCAUGUGAGUUUGUCAGUGUAAUUUCUGUCAGUGAAAAAAAAAAAAAAAUUUCAAUUUGGAAAUAUUAAGGGUUUAUGUUGAAGUCUUGUGUUUUGGGAUCCAACAUCUCUGCAUCAUGUUUGUUCAUAAAAUAAGUUUAAACCUCAAAACAACCCUAACUCGUAUGUAACAAAGACAGAAUUGUGCAAAUGUAUAAUAAGCUUCAUCUUCUCACCCAUCUGGGACAUCAGGAUGUUGAACCAAUUCAAUAUCCACAUCACUUUUAUUUCCAUUAUCUAUUUCUGAAUCAAAUUCAUCACCGUCCACACUGACAGAUUCACACCAGCAGUUAGAAGCAAUUCUAGUAAGGUAAAUGCCAUUAAGUUGAAGUGUUAAUCUGCUGUCAACAAAGCACUAUUUUUUAAAAAAUCCUAAGCAGCGUGAAGCUUAUAACCCACCAAACCCAAACAGAAAAAGAGCUUGACACUUCUUGGUCAUAUAUAGGCUCUCUAUAACUCCUUACUUAGAAGAGUUACCUUCACUAGCACCACUGAAAAUUGCGGGAUUUUACAAUAACUCAGGCUCAAGGGCCAGAAAGUCGUGAUGCAACUGAUAGGGUUAACAUUUUAAUAAGUCAAAUUUGACACAGGUUGAGGUUAAGUUCAAGACCCGCUGUGCAUGAAACAAUAUGCUAAUUGCUUUGGCACAACUGCAUUCCUCUGGGAAUUAAAACAUCAAAAUCCAUUUUGAAAUAAAAAUUGCUUGUCUGUGAUAAAAAAAAAUAUAUGAUUCUAUUUAUUGCAAGCUGCUUAAACAUUUCAUUUUCAUUGCACAAGAAAACAAUUUAACAUAUUUACUUGAAAACUUUGUAAUGCUGCAUAUAUAUUUUUUUUUAAAUAAUUUUUUUAUUAAAGUUUAGAGGAAGAAGCUUAUUGCAUACAAAAUUUCAGUCAGUGGUAAAUAUAAUUGUUUAAAAUGCAAAUUGAGCAGAAGGUAGAACUAAAAGUGAAAGUUGUGCUUGAAAAAGAGUGGCCAAAAAGGAAAAAAAAAAUAUUUUUUUUUUUUUGUACAGGACCAACCUCUCCAUGAUGUGAUACAGGAAGCCUUGAAUAGACAUGCCCAGGGUGUUAGAUUCAGAGAACGGAACGCAGGCCCGCAAAUAGAUGACCAGAUGACGGAUCAGGGUGAGUUUGACUGUUAUACAGUUUCUCUGUGUACAUUGAAAUAUGAAAUUGUAUCUUAUUUCCAGCACUAUAUAUAUAUAUAUAUAUAAACAAAUCUUUUUUUUUGGGGGGUGGGGUGGGGGGCAUGCUUUCUAUUUGCCAAAGAUUUGUUUAUUAUUGCCAAAGAUUCUUUGCUAGCCUCAAGCAUGGUUUAAAGCUGACUCAUCACUCUGUGGCAGGUUUCAAUAAUGAAGUUGGCAUUGACUGGAACACUGGCUUUGUGUUUGGUGGUAAUGAACACAACUGUGGUACCUGGAUGGACAAGAUGGGGAGCUCAGGGAAAGCUGGCAACAAAGGAAAGCCGGCCACCCCCAGGUAACAAAGGUUUUGGAAGGUUAACAGCAAUAGAUAUUUUAUGCACCGGGCAAGACAGUGAAUGAUUGCUCUUAAUUUAGAUUUACUGAAGCAUUAGCUGUAAGCAUUCCAUUUUUUAAAUUUUUUACAUACACAUUAAAAUGAAACGUUAUCACAAGAGAUAACUUUUUUUUAACCAUAGCAUUAUUCCCUGGUCAAUGAAUUUUAGAAGAAAACAAAUGCAAUCCAACGGCCGGAGUCAAGAAUGUAAUGUACCCUUAUGCAUCGGAGAGCGGAACUCACUACUCUGAGAAUAAAUUUUAACAUUACGGCCUCUUUCUGGGCCAAAGAUAUUCAUCUAAUAGUUUGCCAGUCUCCGGCCAGAACCAGGUUAUGCUACAAAUAUUUCAUAGCCUCAAUGAAUAAAUUUAAAUUGUGCAUGUUUAAAAAAUGUUUUGUGUAUAAAUGUAUUUUUCUCACUUUGUGCUCUGCUGUGGAAUUAACUUGUUGAUUUUGAGAUGUUCUGUGUAUGAAUGUAUUGUUUCGGCUUGUUUCCAGAGAUGGCUCUGCUGUGUAAUUAACUUGUUGAUUUUGAGAUGUUCUGCGUAUGAAUGUAUUGUUUCGGUUUGUUUCCAGAGACGGCUCUGCUGUGGAAUUAGUUGGCAUGUGCGCCGGUGUUGUCCAGUGGUUGGCCGAUGCUCACAGCAAAAAGCUCUACCCUUACGAUGGAGUGGAGGCCCUGGUUAAAGGUGGGCACUGUUGUUUCACUUAAUCAAACUGUCAGCUCUCUGCUGUGCUGACAGGCAUUUCAAAAUCUGAGUUGGUUUCCAGCAUUAACAAGAAGAGCUCUAAUGGUUUGUUGGCUGGGUUGAGAACAAGCACUAAGUCAUAAACAUAUAUUAGAAGGUUAAAGCCGCCAUAUUCUAACUGGUAUAAUUGCCUUGAUAUCUAUUUGAUGUUUUCUGGUUCCACAAAAAGAUUUUUGGGAGUAAUUUCUUGGGUUAGAAGAAGAGCCUGUAUUACUUUUAACAGCUUGCCGCAACAAGGGUGGCUACCGCAACAUAUGGAUCUCUGCACACUUUUCUUUUUAUGUUAACUUUAGCUUUAGGGAUUAUGAAAAUAGAAUGAGUAAAUUUUAGUUUAAAGUUAAAGGCUAAAUAUUCCAUGCUGCUACAUUCUGUUAUAAGGUUUCUGCUUGGUUGCUGGGGGGUCGUAGGAUUUAACAAAUUUAGUUGUGUUUAAAUUGGCGCGUCAGAAAAAACAAUUCAUAACCAAGGACUGAAAGGUCAGUAUAUAAAAACCAAUCAUACCAAGGCAAAAAAAAAAUGUAUAACAGUUUAACUGAUUAGCUACCCGAUUGAAAAACCGGCUGUGGCCGAUUUAAAUCUAGGUCACGUUGACUACGAUACAAACUUUGGCGCUGCCAGCGGCUCGUGGCCAUAACAAAAGAAAUGCCCAGCCGCUCCCAGAGGCGCACACGGUAGUUAACCAGUUAAUAUAUUUUAAAUUGAAGGCAGGGCAAAAAAAAAAUUUUUCUAACAGUUUAAUAUAUUAUUAUUUUAAAUUGAAGUACAAAAUUGAUUACGCAGAGCUGCAUAAUCGUUGAUUAAGUACACUUACAGCAUUAUACACAAAUGCACUGAUGGUAGAACAAUGCUGGUAUAAUAAGUGUCCACACAAACAAUCAGUCUCUUAGAAUUCUGAAGGUCUUGUGUCUGAUGGUCUGAAAGUACCCUCCCCACUGUUGAUGGUCUUAUUUGUAUAUGUAAUGGUAGAAGUUGCCAGAAUGGAUAAAUCUAGAAGGUCAAGGGUCAGAGAGUAUUCUAAUGUGUUGGGAAGAUGGUCCAUAAGGUGAACAAGGGACUUAGCCAAAGGCCAAAGGAAAGUUACCCUCAUUACACAGCAAGAAAAGUGGUGGGGGGAGGAGAGUUAAUGUGUCAAAACAAUGCUGAGCUAAAGUUAGAGCAAGUUGGGGAAAUGUGUACGCUUAGACUAGGCCAUAACACAGGCAUAUAUCAAUAUAAAAAGAAAAAAUCUGCACUAUUUUAACAGUAAGGUUAGCUCACUCUUAGUUUUUCCCCCUUAUCAAACAUCAUUAAUACUUUUUGUAAAUAACUUACUUUUCACUGUGCAGAUCACAAGGAGAAAGUCACCUACAAGGAGUGGUAUGAUAAGAUCAAAUCCAACUUUGAGAAGCACUACUACAUCUCAGCACAACCUGACCCAAGCAAUGAGCCCAGACCGGACUUGAUCAACAGGAGGGGCAUCUACAAGGACACACUGAACGCCUCCUUCUGCUGGACGGACUACCAGCUCCGAUGUAACUUUCCCAUUGCUAUGAUUUCUGUGAGUUCGCAGUUGGAAAAGAUGUCAUCAUUUCUUACACACACAUUUUCAUACACUCUCCCUGGUGUUUGCUACACUGUAAACAUGUUUGGACACAGACUCUCUGCUUAUGCAAAAAUGAGCUGAACAUCUUCCCACCCCCCUGCCCCAUCUAAGCUAAAAAAAAUCUCACAAUUUAAUAUACAUCCCAACUCUCAUUACCCCCGCGUCCCCCCCCCCCCAAGUAAUCUGUUAUGGAUGUCCCCAUACUUUUACCUACAUCUCUUUACACAAAAUGUUAAGAAUUGCUUCUGAAAUUCUUUUUUUUUUUUAAAAACACAUGUCAAUGCAAGAUCCAAUUGUACAACGUACUGGAUAGGCUCUUAGAAUGAGUGAUGACAUGUGAGCGCCAGGAUUAAGAAUUUUGUUAUGUCACGUCGACACUGGUGUUUAAUAAGUAACCUUGUCCAUUAUUGUCCAGUGCCCAGACAUCUUCACCCCAGAAAAAGCUUGGACGGCUCUGGACAUGGCUCAGAAAGUCUUAAUGGGACCGUUGGGCAUGAAGACUCUUGACCCCAGGUGAGAAGUAAAACAUUUUGAAUGCCCUUGUACUUGGCUUCCAGCAUCUGGAUCUUAAAGCAAAGGAUUGAGCCAAGCAUCUGGAUCUUAAAACAAAGGAUUGAGCCAAGCAUCUGGAUCUUAAAACAAAGGAUUGAGCCAAGCAUCUGGAUCUUAAAACAAAGGAUUGAGCCAAGCAUCUGGAUCUUAAAACAAAGGAUUGAGUGCUGGUGAAUUGUUGAUAGGCCAUCAAAGACUGAGGCACAAAAUUACAUUUUGACUAAGUUGAAAAUUACUAUAAAAUUAAAUUUGUAACAUUUUUAAAACACAUUAAUAUUAACCAAUGACGGUUAAAGAAAAACCAAUGCAGAAAAAUAGACAAAUGGUCACUGAAUUGUUAGACUUUGAUGGUCACUGAAUUGUUAGACUUUGAUGGUCACUGAAUUGUUAUACAUUGUUCCAGAUGUAAGUGUAAGUCAAGUUGGUGGGUAAAGGGAAGUUGCUUUGUACCAAGCAGUUAUUCUCCAAAAUCAGUUAAAAAAAAAGAAGAAAGAAAAAGGUUUUAGUUGAUGGUCUUUUUCAUUCAUAUACACACAAACAUCUAUAGACAACUCUGUUUCAAAUACAUCUUUAGGAAGCAGGAGUGGCCAACCCAAAUGGCUUCACAUGGCAUUUUGAUGUCGAGGCAAUGCUUCUCAGUCUAUAAAAAUAAACAACAAAUGAACGAUGCACAGGGUUAUUUAAUUAUUCCCUAUGGGCAUAAUUCUUAAAUUCGGACUCUUGGACUCGUGCCUCCACAGACAUAAAUAACUUGUGUAGAUUUUACUUGUAGCAUAACUCUUUCACAUACACAGAUAUUGUAAAUAAAAAAACAUGUCUGUUACUUUCACUUUGAUCGACCGGGGGUGGGGGAGCAAAACUACAGGAAGCCAAACUAAUAAACACUUAAGUACAGGAAGCCGACCGAAAUAACCCGUGAAAAAAAAUUAAAAUGCAGAGAUGUGUAUUGGAGCGUGCCGGAAUUGAGUUGUGCAUCAUCCUAAACUGAAUCGGAGCGCAACAGGAGAAACUGGAAAUGUAGCUCCCCCUUGUCAUGGUUGUGUUUAUGAAAAUCUUUUAUUUUUAGCACCUUAUAAACAGCAAUGUUGUUAUUUUAAUGAUAUUAUUUAAGAACUGAAAUUAAUUACUUGAAUUGAAUUUUUCAAAAUGAGAUCAACAUAAGUGCCGGUAAUGCCAUACUGGCACGCGCUUUCACAAACCAAAAAAACCUAGAGCAAAUUAAAUGAGAAAUAAGUUCAAAUUUGAAAAACCCUGUGUGCCCCCAACAUUUAAUGUGCUGUGCCGCUUGUGGCCUGUGGGUUGGCCACCCCUGUUAUAAAGAUUACACUGUGUUGUUUAAUGGUUUAUAAUUUUCCUUGAUGGUUGGCCACCCCUGUUAUAAAGAUUACACUGUGUUGUUUAACGGUUUAUAAUUUUCCUUGAUGGUUGGCCACCGCUGUUAUAAAGAUUACACUGUGUUUAACGGUUUAUAAUUUUCCUUGAUGGUUGGCCACCCCUGUUAUAAAGAUUACACUGUGUUGUUUAAUGGUUUAUAAUUUUUCCUCGAUGCUGAUUUAAGUAACUUAAAAUGUGCCCCCUUCUUUCCUUCUUGUUCAGUGAUUUUGCAUACAGAGGAGACUACAAUAAUGAUGAUGACAGCAAUGACCCACAUGUGGCCAAUGGCUGGAAUUACCAUCAGGGUCCAGUAAGUGAAGAAAAUAACAAAGUCAACUCAGUAAUAUUCCUCAAGUUUUAAAAAGUGGAGUAAUUUAAAGUCUUUAUAAAUAAUUUUAAAAAAAAUUGUACUUGGGUCCACAAAAUUAUAAUUUGAAAUUUUUUAAGACUUUUGUUGUAAAUCAUUAUCAAAUGUAAUUAUCUUGUCUUGUUUGAGACAAAAAACUUUGGUUUCUCUUUCCUGUGUGUGAAUUUACUUGAUAUCGGAGUGCUUCUCAAUUUGUUCGGUGCCUUCAUCAAUGCAAUCCAAACCAACAUUUUUCUUGAUAAUCUUUUUGCAAUUUGCAGGAGUGGGUAUGGCCGGUAGGUUUUUUCCUGCGUGCCAAGCUGAUCUAUGCCAGUAAGCUAGAGUCCAAGAAGCCAGGCACCCUCCUGGCAACAAAGCUAUACAUAAACUCUGUACUGUGCAAACAUUAUGAGGAAAUCCUGACCAACCCAUGGCGGGGUCUACCUGAACUCACCAACUCUGAGGGCAAGGUGAAUACAAUUGAAUUAUAUGGGCUCUUUUACACAAAUUAUUUUUAUUCCACACACUGAAUUAUGAAGAAGAAAAAACUAUCCUCGAAGUGGGGAAAAAUGUUUUUUCGUGAAGUGUGCAUUUUAAUUUUUAUUGUGAUAAAUCACCAAAUUUCUUUAAUAUCCAUAAAAGUUACUAAAAACAUUUUUAAAUUCAUUUUUUUUUUCAAAAGGGAUGCUACUCAAGCUCUAAAAAAUAAUUGUUCAUUUAAAAAAAAAAACGAAAAUAAUGUAAUUGGUUUUUGUAAAAUGUAUCCAAAAAUUGCUGCCAAUGCUUAGACUUAAAGGGACAAAAUAUUAUGAAGUUUGAAGAUACACUUUGGGUGUUGAAACAAUACUGAUUUAAAAAUUUCAGUUCUGUCACGGCAGCUGCCGCACACAGGCUUGGAGCUCUGCCACCAUUCUAGAGACCAUGCAUGAACUGACCAAGCUGGAAGAGUAAAAGGGCAGGGAACCACAACAAUUGCUGUACUUAAAUCUUAAUUAUUGUCUAGCAACACCCUUAAAACCUGUGAAUCUUGUGAAGUGAAACCAGCAAAUGUCAUUGCCAUAUGAGGAGGACUCCAUACAGAAUUGUCUAUUUUUAAAUUUUACUUUUAAGAUCUAUUCAAAAUAUCAGGCCGGGAUUACAAUUAAACCAUUAAAAUUUUUUCAAGUGUUAAGUGAAUGAAGGGCAAUAAUAAUGUGAAAAUGGAGGAUAACUUUAUGUGCUAAAAAUAGAAAGUGGACUGAGUCAAUGAAGCCUGCCUGUUGGAGUUGCACAGAAAGUUGUUGGGAAAUAGCCAAAGAAAUGUCUCCCCCUUGGCAUCUUGUGUUUCUAGGCGAGUGAGAAGUUGUUUCUGGACAAAUGUUUUAAAAUCAAAAGGAGGGGACAUUUUAAAUGUCAUGCAGUGAGUGUGUGUGUGUGUGAGGGGGGGCAUUCUUUACAAAUGUCCUAAGGAUGAAUGGCUUAGUGGGGAGAUCAGUUGUUUUCUUUUCGUUUCCCUGUAGUUAAACAGUGGGCGCCAUAGUUUGUGUAUCUCUUGAUACUGAAAGUUUUUGGGGUAACAGUCUUCUUGUCUUUUUUAAUAACUUUUGUAGCGACAUCAGACUGUACACUUUCUUAAAGUGAACCUAAUUGGAAACUUUUAUCUUUACAUGUCAAUCUUUGAGAAUAAGGGAGGACGUUGGUAUAUCUUUAUUUGUGAAAUCGGCUGUGUAUUGUGGUUGUAUCGGUUCAUAGAGUGAAUGGGUGGGGGACACUGUGGGCCAGUUAUCUAUUCAUUGUGUUUUGGGUUGGUCUGGUUGAAGUGCGUAGACAUUAUCUGUGAUGUGCUGAGAAAUGGAGGGAAAUGCUGGCGAUGGUUAUAUAUUUAAUGAUGAUUUUUUGUUCUUUCUCCUUUGGAUCCCAAAAAUAAUUUGCCCCCCGUGUGGACUUCAUCAACAAAUGUUGCUGUUCUUUAUAUUGAAAGGAAUCUGUCUAAAAGUUGUUUCUUUUUAGUUGACAUUCACCUUCAUAACAAUAACCAGAGCUUUUAGAAGAACUUGCGUCAUAAGUUCUUCAGUGCUUUUAGAAGAAAUUGCGUCAUAAUUUCUUCAUUAUUUUUAGUCGUCUUUAUUUUCAUUUUGUGAAUUUUUUUCUUAAACUUCAACCCAUCAUCAUAAUUAGGUAAGUUUAAGAUUUCUAAUUUUUAAACUAGUUCUUUUUCCUCAUUCAGAUUGUGGUGUUGACAUUUUUUUUUCUUUUUUCUUUCAUUAAAUCAGGCCUGCACAACAUACGGCCCGCGGGGCGGCCUGCCAGCACCCAGUUGGCGGCCUGUGAAGUAACGAAAUAUUAAUUAUUGUCAUUAUUAUUUUCUCAAUAGCUUUCGCCCCUGUCUUAUUAUCUUUCAGCCCGCACAAGUUUUUCAUAAAGUUUUACAGCCCUCACCAGUUUUUCAUAAAGUAGUACGGCCGCCUUACAUUUUGAGUUGUGCAGGCCUGCUAUAAAUAUUCUAUGAAAUUUACAUUUAAUCACCUCUUAAAAUGUUUGCUCUUGCAGACCUUAGUUCUGAGUCAUGGAUGACACUCAUCUAAGUCAUCAAUCCUGUCUUCGUCAAAGAUAUAAGUAUUUGAUUGUGCCAAGGCCGAUAGACUUGUGGCUUUUUUUAAAAUAUAAUUUUUCCAUACAAAUUAAAUAGGAAAUAAAUAUUACUCUCUAAACACACGAUGAUGAUUAGACAAGCAGUAGCUUUGAUGUUCCCCCCCCCCCCUUUCCCUGUUAGAUGUGUUGGUGUGAUUGAUGUAUAGUUAGUAUAAAUUAAUAAGUCAUGGUAAACAUAAUCAUGUCAUCAUUUGCUACUUCAUCAAAUGGACGAAUCAUGACAUCAUGGACAGAUAUAAAUAACGUCACCACUCUGACAUUUCUCCACAUAAAUCCAUUUCAUCCCUUGCACGACAUUAGGAAGAAAUCUCAUUGCAAGCUGUUCUUUAUAAUUCAAUAUUUCUUUUUAAGUUGAAUAGGUGAAGUAGAAGAAAAAGUGAUUUUCAACCAUAGAUGUUACUCCUUCCAUUAGAUUCACUCAUAACUAGUUAGUCAAUUUUUUUUACCCCCUGCAGAGAGUGUUGUGACAAUGAGAGACACACAUCAGCACAUCAGUUGGGUAAAUAAUUUGACUUAACGCUGAUGCAGUAUUAUAUUAUUUUUUUUCCGAUUGGGUUUCAAAUGAUUUAUGUUGAUUUAUUCACAGGCAAAGGUUUAAUUAUAAAGGGGUUUUUUUUUUUUUUGGUUAUAAGUCAAAUUGUUGAAUGAUUUCAUAUAGGGGAUCGGUCUCAAGCUGGGUAAUGAAUGUGCUAAACUAUGCUGAUAAAAGUUAUUCACAUAUAUAAGAGUUUAUACCUGGGUCAGAUUUUAUAAGACAAGUUGCUAAUAUAUUUCCAAAUAAACUUUUAAAAAAAUAUAUAUUUUCAGUUGACUUUUUCAUUUUGUUUAAAACUGUCUUGUCCUGAUAUUUCUU